AUGGACGGCCAAGGCGAGCAAGAAACAUCCUACAAGCUUGUACAAAUUGCAGUUCUCGAGGGUCACUCGGAUCGCGUUUGGUGUGCGGCCUGGAACCCCGUCCAGCAACUGAUAGCAAGCUGUUCCGCAGACAAAUCAGUCAGGAUGUGGUCAUAUCUACGUAAAAAGCCAGAAGAGGAUCAAGAAUCAGAAGACAAUACGCGUCUAGAGUUUCAGCCAGCAACAGAAAUCGCGACGGGACAUCGCAAGACGGUCCGCUCGAUCGCGUGGGCUCCUUCAGGGAAAACACUAGCAUCAGCAUCGUUUGAUUCGUCCAUCAGCAUCUGGGAACGCACACCAGGUGAUGAGGAGCAAGGCGAGACCUUGGGCGAGUGGGAAUGUAUAAGCACGCUCGAGGGUCACGAUAGCGAGUGUAAGAGUGUCGCAUACUCGAGUGACGGAAACUUGAUCGCGUCUUGCUCCCGCGACAAGAGCGUCUGGAUUUGGGAAGGUGAGGUCACCGCUUACUUCCUCCCAUUCUUCUUUUCUGAUCGUGUCCACGAAAGGAUAGUCCAACCAGACUCGGAUUUCGAAUGCCUAAGCGUGCUCAUGCACCACACCCAAGACGUAAAAUGCGUGGCGUGGCACCCUACAGAAGAGCUGCUUGCAUCUGCCUCGUAUGAUGACAACAUCCUCCUCUAUGUGGAUGAUCCUUCCGACGACUGGUUUCCGUUUACUACUCUUUCGGGUCACACAUCUACAGUCUGGUCGCUCGCCUUCUCACCGUGUGGAUUGCUACUCGCAUCCUGCUCAGACGAUCGAACCAUACGGAUAUGGCAGCGAUACCCUAAGCUACCCGUCGUUGGUCCCAAUCAAGUUGUUCGCAUUGGCGCAGGGAGUAGUACAGCAGCAGAAGGGCAGUGGAAGAUUGCAUUGGUGAUACCGGAUGCGCACGAAAGAAGUAUCUACUCUGUCUCUUGGACCAAAUCGCCAGUAGCACAAGACGACAAUGACAGGGGGUGGCUCGCGAGUGCUGGUGGUGAUGGACGAAUCAAGAUUUGGCGUAUAGAUGUCGACGCUGAAAAAACCGUAUCCCACACAUUCAUGGCAGAGAUGACAGACUCUCACGGCGUAUCAGACGUAAAUUGCGUCACUUGGUCUCCAUUAGAGCCCGGGUUGUUAGCUAGUACAGGUGACGAUUGUGCCACACGAAUCUGGAGAGUAAGCACCGCAUAG